AUGUCUGUCGACAAGCUCUACGACAUUCAGUUCCAGCUGAAGUUUACGGCAAAGCAGUUUCUCAAGAAUGCUAGCCGCUGCGAAAAGGAGCAGAAGCAGGAAAUGAACAAGUGCAAACAGGCAAUGGAGAAGAACAACAUGGAAGGUGCCCGCAUCUAUGCCCAGAACAGUAUACGCAAGAAGAACGAGGCGCUCAACCACCUGCGCCUGUCAGCCCGCAUGGAUGCCGUCGUGUCCCGACUAGACACCGCUAUCAAGAUGAAGAUGGUGACCAAAAAUAUGGGUCAGAUGGUAAAGGGCAUGGACAAGGUGCUGCAGUCGAUGGACACCACCAAGAUCAGCAAGCUUAUGGACACCUUCGAGCAGCAGUUUGAGACGAUGGAUGUCACCUCUGCCUACAUGGAGAGUGCGAUUGGCCAGAGCACCGCGGUCACUACGCCGGAGGACGAGGUGAACAACCUCAUGGCUCAGGUCGCGGAUGAGCACGGCCUGGACAUCCGUGAGCAACUGAACGGCGACCUCCAAAUCAAAAACGCCAACCUCACUUCGCAGAAGGAGGAGAAGCAGGUCGAGGAGGACGAGUUGGAGGCAAAGUUCGCACAGCUUCGCGGGCGAUGA